AUGGCCAGAGCCUUCGCGCUGUCGACGGCUGGUCCUUCUGCCGACAGCCCAGCUGUUACCAGUGUGCCUGACCGGCGGGGGCUGCAUCUCGAGCGCUUCGAGCUCUUCAGACAAUAUUCCUGGAGCGUCGGGAGUCGGGACGCGCCAGCACCACCGUCCCUGCCGCCACAACAUGGUUUGGCCACCUCGGAGAGCUGCUUUAUGGACAUAGGUAUGACGCACUCCGCUCGCUUCCGUACCAUCGACCUGGCCUAA